GGGGCAUCCAGCUCUGGGCCAGGGGGUCCAAAGUGCCUGGCCAGGGGCACAGCAGACGUUUGGGGGGCCCGCUUUCUUUCAGCAGGGGACUACUUGAUUGGGGACAAUGGCAUCGCUGGGCCACAUCUUGGUUCUCUGUGUGGGGCUCACCGUGGCCAGUGCAGAAGCUCCCCCGGAACAUGACCCAUUCACAUAUGACUACCAAUCGCUGAGAAUCGGGGGCCUCACUAUCGCCGGGAUCCUCUUUACCUUGGGCAUCUUCAUCAUCCUGAGCCGAAGGUGCCGGUGCAAAUUCAACCAGCAGCAGAGGACCGGGGAGCCUGAUGAGGAAGAGGGAACUUUCCGCAGCUCCAUCCGUCGCCUGUCGAGUCGCCGGCGAUAGAAGCACCUGGCGCGCUGGAGCCGGCCGGGGGCUGCGGCCGCACUGGCUGCGGGCGCAGGUGCCGGGCUGGGGGGCUCUCCCGCUCCUCGGCCCCCAGUCUCCUGCGCGCAGGAUUCGCCAGCACCUGACACCGCCCACCCGCGCCCCGCGCCCACCGCCAACCCAGCCGCCUCCUGCCCGUUUCCUGCCCCCCGACUCCCAAUAAAACGAGCUCUUCUCUCUUGA